AUGGAAUCACCAGAAUUAUAUACUAGUCGUACAACGACUAAGACUGUCGUCCGGCAGUUUAUACAGACCGAGCAUAGUUCCACGACAGAGCUCCGCCCAGCCAGAGGAACGCCAUGGCAAGACCGCCUGGCGGAGCUGGCACGCCUAGCGUCCGCAUCCUUUGGUGCUGAUAGUAGGGAUAGCGAUGCGGGUCCAUUAAUUCAUCAGCACCUCGAUGCAAUCGAGUCUAUCUUGCGCGAUCCGCGGCCGCAGCUUACAGAUGAAAAGACAACACGUAAGGGCAGACGGCAGAGCUUUCGCACGAAGUCUUUACUUGGUGAGCCUGAUGCGUCCGAUCUUGAGGAACCGGAUUGGCUAGCGAAGACUCGCUAUGAUGAGCGUCGUUGUCAGCAAAUGUCAUCGGAGUUGACGACGCUCCUGGGGGAGGUGACUACAUUGAAUCUGGAGCUGCAGCAACGACGGAAGGAAUCGGUGCAAAUCCGUGAGCUCUAUGAAGACAAAUGUCGAGGAUUGACAAGAACAGUGGCUGAGUUGGAGGAUGAAGUAUCCGAAUUGCACUCUGACUUGAAACAAGAUGCAGUUGAGGUGGAAGGAAUGCAAGGCACAGUUCAUGGGCUCCGGAAUUGGAUUGAAGGUAUGCGAGAGGGUCAGAGAGAAGCCCGAGCCACGAGAGAUAUUGCACGAAAAAAUAUGCGACGAUGGGGUGGUCGAAAGCCACCUUUUGAAAUGAGUGAAACUGAUGGGGAGAUGGUAUUGGAUGGUCUGAGCGCUUGGAUGCGUGGAUGGAAAGACGUUGAAGAUGAAUUCCAGGUCCGAGCGCGGGGGCGGAGGACUCGGAGAGAACAGAGACAACAGUUGCGAAGACACGAUCUCGGGAUGAACACUACCCCCGAUAAUCUGUCGUGA